UCUUAAAACCAUUUUAUGAGAUUACAAACAUGAUGUUUGGUUCAUCUUAUCCCACUUCAAACUUGUAUUUUAUGCAAAUAUGGAAAAUUCAACUUAUCAUUGAAGAGAAUUUGUUGAAUNAAGAUGUGACCUUAAAGGAUAUGGCUAUGAGUAUGAAAGAAAAGUUUCAAAAGUAUUGGAAGGAGUAUAGAAUUGGGUUAGCUUUUGGAGCUAUUCUUGAUCCACGACUAAAGAUUGAUUUUAUAACAUAUUGUUAUAAAAAAUUGGAUCCUCUAACUUAUGCAGAGAAAACAAAGAAAGUGUUAGAGAAGUUCAAGAGGUUAUUUGAAGAAUAUGUAAAGAACUUUUCUACCUCUAGUGUUUCUCUUUCCCAAUCACCUACUGAAUCCAUCUUGAUGUCUCAGUCCAAUACUGAAGGGAAAAAGUUUAAGAGAUCAAGGAUUAUUUCGGAUUUUAAAAUGUAUCAAAAUGAAUCAAAAUCUAUCAUUGGAAGGAACGAGAUAGAUGCUUAUUUAGAUGAACCAACAGUAGAUGAUGAUGAAGACAAUGAAGAUUUUGNUGUGCUNAAAUAUUGGAAGACUAAUGAGAAAAAAUUUGNCAUAUUNUCUAUAAUGGCUCGAGAUGUGUUUAGUAUUCCCAUCACUACAGUGGCAUCAGAGUCAGCUUUCAGCAAAGGUGGGCGUGUACUUUCGAAAUACAGAAGCUCCAUCCUUCCUAAGCAUGUGCAAAUGUUGAUUUGUACUCAAAAUUGGCUAUAUGGAUUUGCUGAAAAUCCUAGCGGUGAGUAUGAAAUUGUUGAAGAUAGUUUUGGUCAUGAGAGAAUUGAUGAGUCUAAAGUUGUAGAAGAUGUUGAAAGUCUUCAACAUUAAAUAAAGGAUGUUUCAUUUGACUUUGUCUGAGGNACUUCCCUUUCACUCAUUUCCUUUUUAUUCUUUCAUAUUUUUGUGCUUCAUGGUAAUGAUCUUACAUGUAUAUGUUCAUCAUAAUAUGCUUGCAUAGUGAAAUUAAUAGCUGGUGGUGAAUUUGCAACCUUUUUGUGCUCUGUUGGGAAGUGGUUUCUAUUGAUUUCUUCGCUGCCUUGUGUACUUUUAAGGGAUAGGAUACAUAUAUAAUUACUAUAAACUUUCUCUGGGUAGCUGAUAAAGGGGAUGAAUUAAGUAUGAUU